GCCGAGCUCACAGAGGGAGGGAAGGCCGCGGCCCCGCCGCUCCUCUCACGGGCCAGGGAGGGUUGUGAGGAGGAGGAGGCGGCGGCGGCGGACCAAGAUGGCGGCGGCGGGCUCCGGGGCCGCGGCGGCGGCGGCUGCGGGAGCCGGACCGGGCUCCUCCUCGUCGUCGUCGGGCGGCGCUGCGGCCGCGGGGGGCGUCGUGGCUGCGUCGGCCGCGGCAGCCGCCGCCGCGGCGUCCAACCCCCGCAAGUUCAGCGAGAAGAUCGCGCUGCAGAAGCAGCGGCAGGCCGAGGAGACGGCGGCCUUCGAGGAGGUGAUGAUGGAGCUGGGCACCACACGGCUCCAGGCCCAGAAGCUGCGUUUGGCGCAUAGUCGAGGCCCGUACUAUGGCGGCUCUUUACCCAACGUCAACCAGAUUGGGAGCGGCACCUCUGAGUUUCAGGGUCCCCUCCAUUCGCCACUGGACUCUGCCCGCGGCACGCGGCACCACGGUUUGGUGGAACGGGUGCAACGGGAUCCCCGGAGGAUGAUGUCUCCGCUCCGCCGCUACAUGCGUCAGAUCGACAGCUCCCCCUACAGCCCUGCCUACGUUUCGCCACCGGCUGAACCCAGCUGGAGGAGGACAAUGCCCUGGGGGAACUUUCCGAUGGAGAAAGGACACUUGUUUAGGCUGCCGGCAGCACUCAACAGAACAAAUUCUGAUUCCGCCCUGCACACGAGCGUGAUGAACCCCAAUCCGCAGGACACGUACCUGGGGCCCUCCCAGGGCGCCCCCCCUCCAAAUCGCAAGAGCGGUUACUUGGAUAACGACAUGGAUAGCAAAGUGUUUCCUUUCCAUGUGCCUUCCAUUGAGGAGAGUCUCCUGGACGACGGCAAGCAGUUGCUGAAGCCCUGGGACACCAAAAAACUCUCCUCAUCGUCUGCCCGUCCGAGGUCCUGCGAGGUGCCUGGGAUCCACAUCUUCCCAUCCCCAGACCAGCCUGCCAACCUGCCUCUGAUCCCCACCGCCCUCAACACGGGGGGCUCCCUCCCGGACCUCACCAACCUCCACUUCCCCUCCCCGCUGCCCACGCCGCUGGACCCGGAGGAGUCCGCCUACCCUAGCCUGAGUGGCGGCAGCAGCACCGGCAACCUGGCCAACACCAUGACACACCUGGGCAUCAGCGGCGGCAUGGGGCUCGGCCCCAGCUACGACUCCCCAGGGCUGUGCUCAUCUAUGCAGAGUUCCCUCAGUAACCCCUGCAUCCAGUCCUCGCUUAGCAACCCCUCGCUGCAGGGCUCCCUGAGCAACCCCUCCCUCCGCUCGUCCCCCAGCAGCUCCUCCAUCCCUUCCUCCAUGAGCAACCAGUCCCUGCCCUCCUCCCUCAGCAACCCCUCCCUCUCGUCCUCCCUCAGCAACCCCUCCCUCCCCUCCUCGCUCGGCAGCCAAUCGGGGCAGCCCACCCUGCAGCAGCCGCAGCAGCAGCAGCAGCAGCAGCAGCCCAGCUAUGGCGGCUCCCCCUCCUCCGCUUCCUCCUCCGCCCCCGCCUCCUCCUACGCCCCCCUGAACGCCUCGCCCCGCCGCAGGGUCCCCCUCAGCCCCUUGACCCUCCCAAUGGGCGGAGACUCGAGAAGGCCGCACCCAAAACAGUUUUCGCCAACUAUGUCACCCACAUUGUCCUCCAUCACGCAGGGGGUUCCGCUGGACACCAGCAAGCUGCCGGCCGACCAGAGGCUGCCCCCGUACCCCUACAGCCAGCCAGGGAUGAUCCUGCCGCAGAAUCAGAAGUCCCUCCACCAGGCGCAAGGGCCGGCCUCUCAGCAGGGGCGCCAGCCUGCCCAGCACCAGCACCAACACCAGCACCAGCAGCAACAACAGCACCAGCAGCAGCACCAACACCAGCACCAGCAGCAGCAGCAGCAGCAGCACCACUUGCAGUCCCAGUGCCCCUACCCAAUGCAUUACCUGUCCAAUUCUAUGCUGCAGAACCAGUUCGGCCAGCAGCUGGGUGACUUCGGCCUGGGCAACUUCGAUCAAUACGGCUACGUGGACAACAUGAGCGGAGGCUUCGCGUUCAACAGCAACGCCUUCUCGGACGACCUGGGUGCCUUAAAUUACCCGCAAGGCGACAACAUGGGCUUGUCGGGCAGUGGGACCACAAACACCAGCAGCAGCAGUAGCAGCAGCAGCACGCACGACCCCCACCUGCUCAACCGCCAGAACCUGAGCAACUCGAACCGCCACGGCCCCAUCCCCAACAUCAUCCUCACAGGGGACUCCCCGCCCGGGAUCUCCAGGGAGAUUGCCACCGUCCUGGCGGGCAUGCCAGGCUUUGAGAUGGACUCCUCCUCCCUGGGUCUGGAUGAGGACCUGAGGAUUGAGCCGCUCACUUUGGACGGACUCAACAUGCUGAGCGACCCCUACGCCCUGCUGACCGACCCGGCCGUCGAGGAUUCUUUCCGCACCGACCGACUCCAGUGAAGGAAGGGAGAGGGCCGCAGCGCCGAGAAACGCCACCCCUGCGAGGUGGACCCUCUUGAGCCACGAAAAAACAAAAGGACGACUUUUUUUUUUGCUUUCCUAAACCAGAGGCGCCGGGCAAGAGGGGCUGGGGACAGCGGAGAUUGUGUUUGCCCACCCUGCCUUUCCACCCCACGUGUCGUCAUCCCCUCCAAGCUUAAAACGCCUCCUAGGGUGCUCUGGGACCGGACUUUGCAACGAGCACUUGCAAUCCCAGGUUAUAGGGGACCGGGGCAGGGGUCGACCUCCCCAGGGUCAGGGAAGAAGCCUCUGUACUCUUCAGAGGCGGGGGGCAGGCCAUGAGAGUUUUCAGCAUCCUCCCCAAAGCGGGAGAGAACGUACGCAGUCUAGGUGUUAGUGUUCCAGUUCCCUUGAAUCGGGGUGUUGGGGGAGCUCGCAUUUGUGUGAAUCCAAGUGUCUGCCCCCUCCCUCAAAAUCAAUUCCAGCCAUUUCGUUUCCCCAAGUUUAUUCCUGUGUAUAUUUCGUACCUGCACCCGAUAGCUAUAGAGACUUUCGUAGCGUGCAGAGCAUUUUGGGGGGGGCGGGUUACAUUCUCGUUUUCUCUCUCUUUUUUUGACCUAAUCAUGUUUUUUUUAAAUUUUAUUUUAAAGAAAAGCAAUUAUGUACAUAACUGCCCUUCUCUCCUGCCCCCCCUCCUCCUGAGCUGCCGUGUACAUGUGGGGGAGAGGAAAAAAAGGGGCGUUUCUCUUGUAAAGCACUUGUAACUUUGCAUCCUUAUCUGUCGUGAGGUCUGGCUUCUGUGCUUGAGUUUGGGGCGGAGGGGGGGAGCUCAAAGUAGGGGGGGCUGUGGUUGGGGUUCAGCCCAUACCUCACCUUUCCUUCCCCUCCGCCCCCACUGUGGAAGAGAUAAACCAGAGUGAUUUUAUUAUUAUUUUUUAAAAUAUAUGUUAAUUAUAACAACA